AUGAUGCUGAGUCCGGAGCAGACGGAUACGGAGCUCCAGUGGAGCCACUCGGACGCAGAGAGCAUGCUGAGCGAUAUGAAGGCGGCCUGCAUCGGCGAGGAGCGCUCGGACACCGACGGUAAAGCCAAACCCUCGCAGCCGCUCACGCGCGAGGAGAAGCGGCGGCGCAGGCGCGCGACCGCCAAAUACCGCUCAGCGCACGCGACGCGGGAGCGCAUCCGCGUGGAGGCUUUUAACGUGGCUUUCGGAGAGCUGAGAAAGCUGCUGCCCACCCUGCCGCCCGACAAGAAGCUCUCCAAGAUCGAGAUCCUCAGACUGGCCAUCUGUUACAUCUCAUAUCUCAACCACGUUCUGGACGUUUAG